AUGUCUCGUCUUGAUCUACUUAUUUUUGGUGCCACUGGAUAUACCGGUAAAUAUGUUGUUGAAGAAUUAGCUCGUAAAAGUCAACUACAGCAAAAUAUAAAAUGGGGUAUUGCUGGACGAUCGAUAUCAAAAUUAAAACAAGUUUUAGAUGAAAUAACAAAAAUAACUGGAAUUAAUUUAAAUUCUAUUGAAACAAUUGCAGCUGAUAUUAACAAUGUUGAAUCAUUAACAAAAAUGUGUCAAAAGACAGAUGUAUUGAUUAAUUGUGUUGGACCAUAUCGUCUCUAUGGUUAUCCAGUUAUACAGGCAUGUUUAAAUGCAAAAGCAAAUUAUGUUGAUAUAUCUGGUGAACCACAGUUUUUGGAAACAGUUCAGUUACGAUAUAAUGAUGAAGCUGAAAAACAGGGUGUCGCUAUUGUUGGAAGUUGUGGAUUUGAUUCAAUUAUAGCUGAUAUGGGUGUAGAAACGAUACAUAUUAGUUAUAUUGAAAGUUUUUUAAGUCUAAAAUUUGGACGAACAGGUUAUGCGGUCAAUUUUGGCACUUGGGAAUCAGCUGUUCACGGUUUAUCACAUGCACAUGAAUUAAAACCAUUAAGAAAAGAAUUAUUUCCACAAAAAGUACCUUAUUCAAAGUAUAAAAAAGAGCGAUCUACAAUAUUUUCAACAACAUUUGACGGUAUCAAAGAUAAAGUUUGGUGUUUACCAUUUCCCGGUAGUGAUAAAUCAGUUGUACACCGAACACAAUAUUUUAAUCAUACAAAACGAAAUAAAAAUCCGAUUCGUUAUCAACCCUAUUUUGAAUUGUCAUCAUUCUUUUCAUUAAUUAAACUUAUCAUUGUUUCAAUACUUUUUAAAAUAUUAACAUCGUGUCAAUUUGGUAUUCAAUUGUUACUAAAAUUUCCAAAUCUAUUUUCAUUUGGUGUAAUUACACACGAGGGUCCAACACGUGAACAGUGUGAAGAAGCAUCAUUUAAAACGCGAUUUGUGACAUAUGGUUGGAAGCAAAGUUUGAACGAAGUACAUACAACAAAACCUGAUAUAGAAAGUGUUCAUGAAUUCACUGGACCAGAUCCCGGUUAUAUUGGCACAUCAAAAAUGGUAUUAGCAUGUGCUCUAACAUUACAUGAAGAAAAAGAUCAAUUACCAUUAAAAGGUGGUGUAUUUACUCCCGGUGCAGCAUUUUCAUCGACAAAGUUAAUGCAACGUUUAGAAAAUGAUAAUAUUAUUUUACGUAGAAAUAAAACCGCUUCAGAACAGUCUUCAUGA